AUGCCAGCCAGGACGCGGAGGUCUCAGGGGAAUAUUGCAUCUUGGCUCUGGAGAAAGCUGCGUGGCAAGAGGCGGCUGGCGAUGGCAUUCUGCCUCUUAACGACUCUGUCUGUGGUGACUGUCACCCGCUUGCCCCCACAGCGCCCAGCCACUGGCCCAGACCCUGGCCCCAUGGAGCCCCAGGGGGUUGCUGACGUCCCUGCCCCCCAGAGUCGGCAGGCUCUGAGCUCCAGCUGGAGGCAGCGGGCAAGAAGGUUGAGGAGAAGCUGGGCCUUGCCCGGGAGCUCCAUCCUGGUGUGUGCGGAGGAGCAACACCACAGAGGGCAUGUGGACAGCAGCAGACGGUCCCCAGGGAAGGAGAGCAGCCAUCCAGGGACGAUUGGUAAUGACAUUACUUUGGUACCUGCAGAAGACCUGAGACUCAGUACCCGGCGUCUUGUGCUCCUGCAGGGGGAGGCGGUCAGGGGUCCAGGAGCCAAAGAACUGGACCCACCCUGGCACCAUGGUCCCCUCCCGGAGGCACCGAGUAAGACAAGCAUCCCAGGUGGCCCCCUCACAGAGCGUGACAUGUCAGCCUUACAGACUCGGACAGCUACUGCUGGACUGACCCUCCAGCCCUCUCCAGAAGGCGGGAGUCUGCCAGGAGUCCAGAACAGAGCCUGGACUGGUGGCCAACAAGUGGGGGGUCCUGCCCCCACCAAAGAGGCUCACUGGUGGCCUGGCUCUGCUGGGGAGCUGCAAGGAUCUGUCUGGUGUGACACUGAGACUCCCGGGCUGUCCAGUGGCUUCAGGACCGGUGAGCAGGUCCCCCCGUGGCUCACAGAGCAGGAUGUGCAGACCCUCCAGCUUCUGGCCCAGGGGGAGGUGGUGGGCAAAGCCCGGGUGCCCGGCCAUGGGCAAGUGCUGCUAGUCGGUUUCUCCAGCGAGGGGGCCCUUCAGGAUGCAGCUCCUGGGCUCAGCCAGCUCUGCUCCCAGGGGCUCUGUGGCUUGAUCAAGAGGCCUGGGGACCUAUCCGAGGUCCUGUCUUUCCACGUAGACCGCGUGCUGGGGCUGCGCCGGAGCCUGCCCGCGGUGGCCAGGCGCUUCCACAGCCCCUUGCUGCCCUACCGCUACACGGACGGCGGCGCCCGGCCAGUCAUCUGGUGGGAGCCCGACGUGCAGCACCUGGGUGACCCGGAGGACGACCAGAACUCUCUGGCCUUGGGCUGGCUGCAGUACCAGGCCCUGCUGGCACGUGGCUGUGGCCGACCCAGCCAUGCCCCAUGCCUGGGCAUCCACCACGGCGAGUGGUCACGCCUGGCGCUCUUCGACUUCCUGCUGCAGGUGCACGACCGCCUGGAUCGCUACUGCUGCGGCUUCGAGCCCGAGCCCUCGGACCCCUGUGUGGAAGAGAGACUCCGAGAGAAAUGCCGGAACCCCGGGGAGCUGCGGCUGGUCCACAUCCUGGUGCGGAGCAGUGACCCCACUCGUCUUGUCUACGUCGAUAACGCUGGCCACCUUCAGCAUCCGGAGCACAAGCUGAACUUCCGGCUCCUCGAGGGCAUCGAUGGGUUUCCUGAGUCUGUCAUGAAGGUUCUGGAAUCAGGGUGUCUACAGAAUAUGCUGCUCAAGUCGCUGCAGACGGACCCAGUGUUCUGGGAAAGCCAAGGUGGGCGACAGGGCCUGCAGCAAGCCCUGCAGACCCUGCAGCAGCGAGCACAGGUCCUGCUGCACCACAUCCGGACGCACAACCUGACAGUCUUCCCGGACUGA